AACAGUGUUGGCAAACGCGCAAUGUAUUAGGACUGGCGUUUUACAUGCUUGGCAUGACCGCAAAAAAAUAAUGCUUUCAUUUGCAAUGUUUGUAAGCGAAUAAAGUGCUUGAACUCAUCAACUUAAACAAGUACAAUGGGCAUAUGAACAAAUUAUUUAGUCAGUGUGCAACUGGUGAACAGUAAAACAAAAACAUUCGUCAUGCAGUCGUAGCGUUGCUAGUGCGCCCAUAAUAACGCUGAGACAAAAGCAAAAGAUUUCGCGCCGAAAAGGAGGACGGCAGAAAACACGCAUUGCACGGUGGAAAAGUAACAAAAACCGAUUAUAAAUGGACUCUGAUGUGGCGAAAAUGUUUGCCAACUAAAAGCGAUUGCGUGCGGUUGUAAUUGUGAUCCGUGGAAAGCGUACCGCCGUCAGUACCGCCCUCGCCCUUCGCCCCCCGCCCCCGUUCCCCUUGCCAACAACACAAAAACAAUGGCCCCAGCGAAAAAACGCGAAAAAGACAGUAAUCCGGAUGGUUCUGCCGCAAAUGGCAUUAUUGGCCUCACCCAUGGAGCACCGGACGCGAGCAAUGCUGGCUCUACUGUACCGCCGACGGCCGAGGGUCAGGUCAAACUCAAUGGCCACCAGCAGGAGCAGGAACUCUUUUUGCAGGCCUUUGAGAAGCCCACGCAGAUCUAUCGCUACCUGCGCAAUCGACACGAGACAAACCCCAUCUUCCUCAACCGCACGCUCAGCUACAUGAAGGAACGGAUGUCGCGGAACAACAAGAAGCGGAUCAGCUUCCAGGUAAACUCCAUGCUGGAGAGCAUAACACAAAAGUCGGAGGCGGUGAGCCAGAACUACCUGCACGUCAUCUACGAUUCGCUGCACGAGAAGUUGCCGGCGAGGUUGGACAACGAGUCUGGCGAGGAUUUGCUGCAGGAGCAGCUGCUCUGCGAAGCGGGCGAGUCUGUGAGUGUGGAGACAACGCUGUACAAGAUCACACGCAGCAAGCGAAAGGACAGCACGCUGGACUUUCAGGAGCUGCUCAGCAAGUGCUCGCAGAUCGUGUACAACCCAAAGGAUCGUGUGGGAGAACAUGCCACCAUCAGCAUUCCUCUCCAGACGAUGCGCCCAAUGGGUGAGCAGCACACACUGUACAAGCUGCUAUUUCGCAUCAAGGUGCUGUCGCCAAGUACGUGCAAUGAUGAGAAUGCAGAAACUCCACCGAACAAGCGGUCGCGUCCAAAUGAGAAAAUGUUCGGAUCGGAACUGAUAUUGUACGAGAAGUCCAGCGGAUUCAUAACCGAAGGCGAGUACGAGGCCAUGCUGCAGCCUCUUAAUUCCACCAGCAUCAAGUCCUUCUCACCAAAGAAAUGCACAUGGGAAACGAUGCCGGAUAGCUACAUUCCACUCUCGUUGACCUACGACGUCUACCAGCAGAGUCCCAUGCUCAAGUUCCAUCUGACGCUAUCCAAUGAGCAGCUGCCCGAGAUGAUUUCCGCUCCGGAGCUGCAGCGUUAUGUCCAGCAUCUGGAUGCGGUGGCCGAGAUGAACUACAACAACAAUAACUACAAUAAUAACAACAACUGCAGCGGAUUAAAGAAUGGUAGUGGCGGAGGCAACAGCACGGUGUGCAAGACCACACCGGAGCACAUUCAGAUCGUGUACAACUUCAUGUACAGCAAUAAUACCCGUCAGCAGACGGAGUACACCCAGGAGCUGAACUGCCCGUGGUGCGGCCUGGACUGCCUGCGUCUCUACGCCCUGCUGAAGCAUCUAAAGCUUUGCCACGCCCGCUUCAACUUCACCUACCAGCCGGCUGGAAGUGGAGCUCGCAUAGAUGUUACCAUCAAUGAUGCGUACGACGGCUCGUAUGCCGGAUCGCCCUACGACUUGGCCGGUCCAUCUGGCUCCUCGUUUGCCCGCACCUGCGGCCCCGUGCGACGCACCUCGGUCACCAGUCUGAUGGUGUGCCGGCCCAGGCGGCAGAAGACCUGCCUGGACGAAUUCCUGGAGCUGGACGAGGACGAGAUUAGCAACCAGCGGUCGUACAUUACCGGUCACAACAGACUCUACCAUCACACGGAGACUUGCCUACCCGUGCAUCCCAAAGAGCUGGACAUCGACUCCGAGGGCGAGAGCGAUCCGCUGUGGCUGCGCCAGAAGACCAUCCAGAUGAUCGACGAGUUUUCCGACGUGAACGAGGGUGAAAAGGAGUUGAUGAAGCUGUGGAACCUGCACGUGAUGCGUCACGGCUUUGUGGGCGAUUGCCAGCUGCCGAUCGCCUGCGAAAUGUUCCUCGACGCCAAAGGCACUGAGAUUGUGCGCAAGAAUCUCUAUCGCAACUUCAUCCUGCAUAUGUGUUCGCUCUUCGACUACGGACUGAUUGCGGCCGAGACGGUCUACAAGACCGUACAGAAGCUUCAGGGUCUGCUCAGCAAGUACGCCGCCGGCCAGGAGCUGAUGCAGCGGCAGCGCGAGGAGCAACUGAAGUAUUGGUUGGAUGUGGGCAUGCACAAGAAGCAGGAAGACCCCAAGACACUCAAGUCACCCCAAAAGCCAGCACCGCCCGCAGACCAAGCAUCUACCUCAUCCGCAUCCACCUCUGGAAGUGGUUCGGGGUCCAGCUCAAUGCAGCCACCCAAACGAAUGCCGGCUCAUUUGAAACGAGGCAGCGCAGCGUCCUCCCCGGGCGUCCAGAGCAAGGGCACUGAAAAUGGCACCAACGGCAGCAACAGCAGCAGCAGCAACAGCAAGAACGUGGCCAAGAAGAGCGCCGACCAGCCGCUUAGCACCCUGGCUAACACAAGGGAGCGACGCUCGGAGUAUGGCCAGAAACGCAAUGUCAGCGGAUCGCGACUGGCGGCCACACCAGCAUCGAAGCGCAAGCUGAGCUCCAAAGAUGUGGAGCAGGCGGCGGAUGCGCCAGAAGUGCUGACCCACAGCGAUAAUGCUGUCGAUGUUGGUAUUAUUGAUGAUGAGUGUGGCGGAUUUGGUGCCGUGGGAGUUAUGAAUGGAGUUGCGAGCCCAGUUGCCAACAACUGUGUGGGCAACUAAAUCAGUAAUAAUACAGUGCUUAACAAGCGGCAGCGUUACAGCGACGGAAGUCCCGGGACCGGGAUCGGAAAUGGACACGGAGGCGGAAGUGGAAGCGGAGCCAACCGCAACAAAAGCAAUAACCAUUCACUGCCAGCAACCAGUAACAACGCCAGUAGCAGCAGCAGCAACAGCAAACGAGCGAUUGCCCGGCGUCGCUCCACAUCGGAGAGGACCAAGGCGAGCGGAUCGACGGGAGGAGGAGCUGGUGGCGUCCGCACCAGGCUAUCGGUGCCGGCCAAGUAUGAGAGGCGCUGACGCAGGCGCCGCCGCUGCUGCUGCUGCUGCUCCAACUCAUCCUCAUCCUCAUCGUCCUCCUCCUCCUCCUCCUCCUCAAUAAUCGCCUCCCGUUGACCACAUGCAUCGCAGGGCUUAGUUUGUUUAAUUCGUAGACGCAAUGCCAGACCAGGCCAUUUUGCAAACCCUAAGUUUAUUGCUAUAUAUUCUAUUCUAUUAUGUUGUGUUAUAUUUUAACUGAUUGAUCAUGUUGGACAUUUGUUAAGACUUGUGUCGAAUUUGAAAUUGACCUCAAAAUCGUUCAUUUGGUUCGUUGCUACCAGUUGCUACGCCACAAUUGUAUCUAAAAUCAAAUAUACUUUAAUUCUAAUUUGGCAGUUACUUAAACUUAACAAAUCUACAGGGCUAAUGGAAAAUCAAAAUUCAAAAUCGAUUUGAAUUCCCAUGCUUACACUUCACAUCCGGUUUGGAUUGUGUAAACCAACCUUUUGUGGCGAAACAAUGAGACAAUUUUAUCAUAUGUAAUUAGUGCAGAGUGUAUACAAAUAUAUAUAUAUAUAUAUUUACAGCAGCAAUAAGUAAGUCUAUUUUUAAAGUAAAGUUCGUACAAGCGAAACAAACAGCUCCAAAAAAAAAAUCCAGCAAGAACACUAUCACUAGAGCCUACGACUACAUACAUUUAUAUAUACGUAUACAUGCAUAAAUAAAAAUCCACUUCGAGCACACGCAAAAUUAAUAUUGCUAAAAGCCACUGAAUAAAGUUUGCAUAUAUAUAUUUUC